AUGGCAGACCAAACCCCCCGAGCAGACCUCACAAAACGCCAAAUCCCCUUCAUGACCCUCGCAACAGGCGACACCUCCACCCUCCCAGGUGGUCCCUCCCGCAUCGCCUCCGCCACCGACACAGCGCAAUCCCGCUUCGCCCUCCCCGGCACAGCAAUCCUAACAGGCGGCACCGGCGCCAUCGCCCACGCCGUCGCGCGCGCAAUGCUCCAGCACGGCCUCACAGGCCUCAUGCUCCUCGACCUAGACGUCGAGUCCCCCGCCGCAAGCACCCAAAUCUCGUCUCUCCGCGCAGAAUUCCUCUCUACCAAGAUUCUCGCGCGGAGCGUAGACGUCACGGACGAAGUCGCCGUCGCGGAGGCAAUGGAGUUCGCCGCAAACGAGUUAUCCGGGAUCGAUUACCUGGUCUGUUUCGCGGGCGUGGUAGGCUGCCACCACGCCCUCGACAUGACCGCCGCGCAAUUCCGUCGUAUCUUGGACAUCAACACCACCGGCGCCUUCAUCUGCGCACAAGCCGCUGCGCGCAUCUUUGUCCGCCAGAACCGCGGGGGUAGGAUCGUGUUCACGGCGAGUAUCUCUGCGCACAGGGUGAAUUUCCCGCAGCCGCAGGCCGGGUAUAAUACGAGCAAGGGCGCGCUGCUGCAGUUGAAGAGUAGUCUUGCGGCGGAGUGGGCGAGGUAUGGGAUUACGGUGAAUAGUGUGAGUCCUGGGUAUAUGGAUACGGUGUUGAAUGAGGGGGAGGGGCUGAGGGAGGCGAGGGAGUGUUGGGCGGGGAGGAAUCCGAUGGGGAGGAUGGGGGGCGUGGAUGAGGUUGGGGGGGUUGUGGUGAUGUUGUGUAGUAGGGCGGGGAGUUAUUUUAAUGGGAGUGAUUUGGUUGUUGAUGGGGGUGGUGUUGUGUUUUAG